AUGGACAUGGGAGGGCACGGCAUGGGCAUGGGCAUGGGCCCGGCGGCGGCGCCCGUAGUCAGGCGGAAGCACUACAUGCACAUGACCUUCUACUGGGGCACGCAGUCGGAGAUCCUCUUCGACGGCUGGCCCGGCGCGCGCGGCGGCAUGUACGCGCUCGCCCUCGUCGCCGUCUUCGCCCUGGCCGUCCUCGUCGAGUUCCUCGGAUCCUUCCUCUCCGCGCGCGGCCGAGGCGUGGCGGCCGGGGCGGCGGCGCACGCGGUGCGCGUGGGGCUGGCCUACGUGCUCAUGCUCGCGCUCAUGUCGUUCAACGUCGGCGUGCUCCUCGCGGCCGUCGCCGGGCACGCGGCGGGGUUCCUGCUGUUCCGGGGCGGCCUGUGCGGCCGUCGGGCGCAGGUGGAGGACGGGGCCAAGGACUACCACGCGGCGACGGCGGCAUGCUAG